UGGCUAAGGUGGGAGAAAGGUGAGGGACAGGGAGGCUGCGAUUUAAGGUGCCAUAGUAGGAAGAGGAAUGCUAGGCGGGUUGAAGACGAGGGACAAGGUGAGGAGAAAUGUCACAUGGAGGAGGAGGAGGAGGAGGAGGAGGAAGAGAAGGCCAGGACGGAAGAUAAAGGGGUGAAGAAGGACUGGGAGAAAGUCAUGUGAUUCUAGGCUGGAAGGGAUUUAAAUAAACAGAAAUACACAACUUUUCCUGCAUGGAAAAACUGUAUGAGUGUAGGAGGCUGAAGAAGAUGUCUCAAACAAGUAUAAGAAAUAUACUAGUCUGGAGGUGAAACAGGUAGCAAGAGAACAAAAAUGUUGGCAGAAAAAGAGUUCACUAUUCCAGCUUCAGGAGUGGAGAGUCUUUUUUUGUUGUUGCUUUUCCUGCCAUGGAUGUAAUGCUGCUUUGGACAGCGGCCGACGUCCAAUCAGACAACAGAACCGUCGGCUUUGUCAUAACGACAACCAUGACAUCACUGCAAGGGCUCGCGGAAAGAAGACAGCGGAGCUCCAGACAGACAGCGGGGCUCCACUGGGCUGCACGUCGGACAAAGCGAGCCGGCUGCCGGGUAGAAACGGCGCGGACUACCGGGGAUGGGGGAACACGCGGAGGGUGCCGUUUGGACGUUUCACGGCCGGCGUCGGGAGCUCUGUCCCGGACAAGUUGGGGCUUCCUCGCCGGGGGAAAGCGACAGGAAGAUAUGGAGGAGGUUGAAAUGGCAUCUUGUUUAAUUUCUGCCAAUCAAGACGAGAGGAGGACAACUCCCAAACUGGCAGCAGUCACCCCCCUCCCACUACAAAGCCCCAACAACAACAGCAGCACUGUGGCAGUGGAAGUGGAGUGGAGUUGGGUCUUUGUCCGGACAGAUGUAGCGACAACAUCCCAAACAAAAACCGCUUAUUUGUGCUGAGAUGAGCCCGUCUGCCUUCUGUGUGUUGGCAUUCAACUUCACUAAACAAAAGGACUGGGGAAACAUCUUGGAUUACCUUUCCUCUUUUCAACGCUAAAAACCAGCCGUGGCAUCCCCCCCCCCCCCCCCCCCCCCCCCCCCCACACACACACACACACACACACACCACCGCUAUUCAACGCUUUGAGUUAACUAACAAAGUUUAUUUAAGUGUUGUUAUGUUAUUGGGGCAGUAAGUGGGGGCAUUAGUGACUUUUUGAUUUUGAACAGAAGUGUCACGGGUCGGGACUUAAUGUCAGAACAAUGCUGUUCAAGAUAAGAUGAUACUGACACCAUUGAUGUCAACAUUUGAUUAAUGUAUUUAACACUUUUUAUUUAUUGUAUUCAUAGUUUAUUAUAAAUAAAACAGUGGACAUUGGAUUUGUUGCUAGAAUUGAGGUCACACAUUUAAAUAAGAAAAUAAUCCAAAACAUAAAAUAAUCUCUUUAUUUGUUAGAAAUUCUCAGACAUAUUUUUUGUUUAUUCGGAACGUUUUUACUAUUUAACUCGUAAAGUUUGCAAGACGACACUUUUUAUUUUAUAAACAGCCAGCAAGCUUUUGCAACUUCCUCUGUAUAAUAUUAGAAAAUGUUCAUAAACUGCCACCAUGCAUAUAUUUACAGAGAAAUAUCUCCAUAAGCCUGGAAAUAGUAAAAGUGUACUUUGUAUUGGCUCAUAUGGGCAGCCUGAGUGUGAGUGUGUGCGUGUGUCUCGGGGCAGAGCAGCCCCCGCCCCUUUAUGCUAAUUACUGCCUCCCAUUGGUGUGUCAGGGGAGCAGGCCAGCUCUGAUUGGCCAGGUCGAAGCCAUUUAUUCGCUGACAGCCCCGUCACAUGAAUGGUUGUCUAUUAACUUGUUCAAAAACUAUCUGGAGUUGUCAAGGCUCAGGCGGACAGAGGCGAAAAAGUACAGUUUGUUGAUGCUUUUUCGGAGAGGAGACGGGAGAAGUUUUGUGGACACACCGUAACAGGGACCUAUCGGGAGAAGGCUCUUUGUCACACACACUCUGACACACACUCACCAAGAGGGAGAGAGAGAAAGAGUGUGGAGUGGAGACGCGGCUUGUUGUUUUUGACCAGAGAAAAAGUUGCAGAGCAAAAUCGACAGGUAACUUUAAGCAGCACUCCUCUUGUCCUCACUGUCCUGCCUCUGGCUUGUGGAGUUUGUCUCCGUGUCUGUUUGAAGAAGAAAAAAAUAUCCCUCUACUCGGGAACUCCAACUAAAAGCUGUUCCUGAUGUAUAACAUGAUGGAGACUGAAUUGAAGUCCCCAGCUCCCCAAACCAACACGGGGGGCUCGGGCAACAACACGUCCGGCACUGGCCCCAACCAGAAAAACAGUCCGGAGCGGGUCAAGAGACCCAUGAACGCAUUCAUGGUGUGGUCCCGGGGCCAGAGGAGGAAGAUGGCCCAAGAAAAUCCCAAAAUGCACAACUCGGAGAUAAGCAAGAGGCUGGGCGCUGAGUGGAAACUUCUGUCGGAAAGCGAGAAGAGACCUUUCAUCGACGAAGCCAAGAGGCUGCGGGCCCUGCACAUGAAGGAGCAUCCGGAUUACAAAUACCGGCCCCGGCGGAAAACCAAGACCCUCAUGAAGAAGGACAAGUACACCUUGCCCGGCGGGCUGCUGGCUCCGGGAGGGAACGGGAUGGGAGCUGGGGUCGGUGUCGGAGUGGGGGGCGGGCUGGGUGGUGGGGUGAAUCAGCGGAUGGACAGCUAUGCGGCGCACAUGAACGGCUGGACCAACGGGGGCUACGGCAUGAUGCAGGACCAGCUGAGCUACCAGCACCCGGGGCUGAAUGCGCACAACCCGAGCCAGAUGCAGCCAAUGCACCGCUACGACAUGAGCGCCCUGCAGUACAACACCAUGACCGGCUCCCAGAGCUACAUGAACGGCUCCCCGACAUACUCCAUGUCCUAUUCCCAGCAAGCCACGCCGGGGAUGACCGCCCUGGGCUCCAUGGGGCCCUCCUCGGUGGUGAAGUCCGAGUCCAGCAGCUCCAGCCCGCCCGUCGUCACCUCGUCAUCCCACCGGGCCGGCCCGGGCUGCCAAAGCGGAGAUCUGAGGGACAUGAUCAGCAUGUAUCUGCCCGGGGCGGAGGUCAGCGAGCAGACCGCUCAGACCAGGCUACACAUGUCCGGGCACUACCAGAGCACUGUGCCCGGGACGACGAUCAACGGCACGCUGCCGUUAACACACAUGUAAGAGACACAAAGAGAGAGAGAGAGAGAGAGAGAGAGAGAGAGAGAGAGAGAGAGAGAGAGAGAGAGAGAGAGCGAGAGAGAUAGAUAGAGAGAGAAAGAGAGAAAAAAAUGAACUUUUAUAAGAGAAACUGUGGACUAUUAACGUUGGACUAUUUUUGUACAGAAAAAUUUCGGGGUGGGAAAAGUUGUAUAGAAGUCUCCAGGAAAAAGACACACGACUCUUUUUUUUCUUUCAUUUUAUUCUAAGGAAGCUCUAGAGGAACGGUAGGAGAUCCCCUCUUCACUGGUGGAUGAAGUUUGGAAGACUAGAAAGUGGGAGUCGCAAUCAAAUGUUUUAUUAUUGCAAUCACCUUUUUGUACAGUAUUUAUCAAAGAAACAUUACAAUCAGAUGAAAUUGUUUGUUAAACUGCAAGAGGUUGCAUUUUUUUUCUUCUUUAUUUUAUAUAUAUAAAGCAACGCCAGUUCUGCAGAAAAUAUUAAAAGUGAAGAUGGCAGAACUGGAAUUAUAUGGGAGCGAUCAGUUAUGCUCCUUUAUUACAGCAAACAUUGGAAAGAAAAGGGACAUAAAAACGAAGCAGGCAAUACUGUUUUUCCAUUCAAGGUCAAUAUUACUAAACAUUUUAAUUUCUUUAAAAAAAAAAGAUAAGAUACUUUUUUCUCUCAUACAGCUUAAAAUAUAGGUUGUUAAUUUAUAUUUCCGUCUCCCACUUUUCAUCUGUUAGAGGUGUGACGCUUGUGCUCUUUAUUUUCUAAUUGAUUUGUACAAUUUCUGUAUAUUUACUGUGAUAUUUUAAGUUUUUAUUUCAAAAAUUCAUUCCCGUAGUUGUAUUUUAAAAAUUGUGGCCUGUACGCAGAAGCCAACCACUCCAUGUAUAUAUAUACCGGAACUAAUACCAUCCUUAUAACAGUUACAAUUUCAGCUGAGUAUAUUUUUUUUCAAUAUGCAGUUUGAAAUGAAUAAAUUUUGGAAAUUUGGAUACUUGAAA